AAUGCAUUUUUAUGUGUAAUAAUUGAACUACAUGUAUGAAUGGACGCUCCUCCUCCGUAAUACAUCUACACAUAUGGAAAAUUUCAGGUUAAAUUCAUCGCUUUCGGGAAAUGCCAUGUUGACUUCACCGCCAUUCAGGACUACAUAGUACCAAGAUAAGUGGGGAAAUGUUGUGAUUUUGUAAAUCCAAGGAAGAUAGCAUCAAGAAUUUAGGCGGUGGAAAAGUGUCGCAUCUCACCGGCUUCGAUUCGAGUGGCGUCAACCCCCAUCCCCAUCAGUGCAUAAGUCAUUAGUGUUGGAGCGAAUGUAAACAGCAUUGACUUGAGCGAGCUGACCUGAGCAAGUGCAACUGGCUGUGUCUGUGGUGCCUGAGCUGAGCUGUGCCUGUGCACUUGUGUUGCAGUUGGUGAGAGUACAGACUACAGUUCCAAGCCAAGGACAGGAUUUACAGAACUGGAUCUCUUCAGCAGGGCUUGACUGACCUCAAAAUCACAGUAUUUCUGAAAAUGAAAAUGAGAAUUGACAGACAUGAUGUGCAUUUUUUAAUUUGAGCAUCUUUUGAAGUUCUGUUAAUGUGAAUGUCUGUGCCAAGAUCGCAGAGCACAGCCAUUGAUUCACCUCUAUCGACUUCAUUCUAAACUAGGCUAACUCAAAAACUCAUCUUUUAAACACAAAUCUCAGUCACACUGACACAGUCACAGUAAAAACUCGAGAUGGAUCUGGCAGACCCUCAUAUGGCACCAGAUCAUUUCUUCACUGCUCCGUUUGACAGUGACAACUAUGGUCCACAAACCAGCAAACUCCAGCAUCUUAUGCAGCGAUCGCAUUCAGUGGGAUCGAGCCUGUCAACAUAUACGGGAUCACCGGCAUCGUCAGCACCAAGCGGGCAAAAGAGAGACGAAACGCCCAUUUUCCAACCAGGUGGUAGCACAUUAAGUACAAAUGACUUGAGCUCCAAUUUCGCCAACAUGCAUCUCAACAUGGCUUUAGAGGGAAUGGAGUUUGUACCCGGAGCCCAGAACACGCCCAAGUCAGAGUUCCAACCCAGGAACAGCCGGGGUGACUUCCAGCCUCCCCCGCAGCAGCCGCCCCAUUCAUCCAUGUCCAUUCCCCCUCCCCCGCUUCCCGUCACACCGACGAAAGACACCGGGCCCCUCUCCCUGAACGAGUUCAAGCCACAGUCCAAGCUGAAGAGCCUUACUCCAGGAGUGCCGGAGUUUGUCCCGAGGCCGUUGAGCCAGGGAAGCUCGAUGUUGCCGACGACCGUUAGUCAAGCCCAUGUAGCCAGCGCAAUACCCAGAACGACCGCAGGAGGAUUAAUGAGUAGCGAUUUUGUGUCUGGUUCUUUGUCGGCCGGUGCCUCACCCCUCCACUCUCCCGGUGGCUCACCCAACACCAGCAGAAAGGAGCUCCGGCGAGCCCCUGCCCCCAAGCCAAUCGAGAUGGACAGUGCAGCGAAGUCCAAGGGGUCUGCCCAAUACCCUGGGGUGACUCAAGAGAACAUCGGGGGUACCACCUACUUCUAUACGGACGACCAGAUGUCGAACAUGUCACAAGCACAAUCCAAUGCCGGCAUUGUGCUGCCAACGUUCCAUGUCUAUCCGUCGACACCUGCCCAUGUGGACUACAUGAAGAGGAAUUUGAAUGGACCGUCUUUCUUCAUGGAUGAAGAGUUCAAGAUUGAUGUCCUGAACAAGCAGGCCCAGGCCCUUACUCAGCUGGACCUUACAGAACACCCAGAUAUCCCACAAGAAGUGGACAACUACCACUCUCUGUUUCCUCUAGAACCUUCACCCAAGACACCAAUGGACAAGUCAAGUACCUUUGGCUACACCACCACAUGUUACAAGGCCGUCAACAAGAAGGACAGCAAACUCUACUGCCUUAGGAGAAUACAUGGUUUUCGAGUUGGAGUCACGCAGUGGAUGGUGCUAGUAGAUAAAUGGAAGAAGCUUCAGCACUCUAACAUUGUAUCCCUAAGAGAAGUCUUCUCAACUAAAGCUUUUGGAGAGCAUUCCAUUGUUUUUGUACAUGACUACCACCCUGGUGCUACCACACUCAUGUCAAGGCAUUUCGGUCAUUCCGGCGGUCUCAGCUCAUUCCGCAAAGGCCACAGUAGUCCUUUCCCUGGAUCUCGAGGGGGCGGAGGAGGAGGCGGGAGCAGCGGAGGGCUCAACGGGCCCCGAGGGCACAGUGCUGGCCUCCUGCCGGAGGGUUUGAUCUGGACGUACAUCGUCCAGCUGAGCUCUGCCCUACGUGCCAUCCACACCGCCGGCCUGGCUUGCCGGGUCAUGGACCCCACCAAGAUCCUCAUCAUGUCCAAGUCGAGGUUAAGGGUCAACUGUGUGGGUAUCUUUGAUGUGUUGACCUUUGACCCCAGCCAGUCGAACCCUCUUGCCAUGAUCUCGCAUUAUCAGCAAGAAGACCUGAUCUCUCUCGGGAAGGUCAUCUUAGCAUUAGCUUGCAAUUCAGUUCAGAGCAUCCAGCGUCAAAGGUUAUCUGCCUCUGUCGACCUUGUGGCUCACCAGUAUUCGGGCGACCUUAAGAACCUGGUCUUAUAUCUCCUGACCAGCCAGCCCCGUCCACGGUCGGUGAACGACAUCAUGCCUAUGAUUGGGGCAAGGUUCUACACGCAGCUGGAUGCCGCUCUCAUGUGCAAUGACGUUCUAGAGGAACAGUUGUCGCGGGAGAUCCAAAAUAGCCGCCUAUUUAGACUCCUCUGUAAACUUGGCGUCAUCAACGAAAGACCUGAAUUCCAUGGUGAUGUGCAGUGGGCGGAGACUGGUGACCGAUACCUUCUCAAGCUCUUUAGAGAUCACUUAUUCCAUCAGGUCAAAGAGAAUGGCUCCCCGUGGCUUGAUCUCUCUCACAUUGUUCAGUGCCUCAACAAGCUUGAUGCUGGUAUCCCAGAGAAGGUCUGCCUGAUGUCGCGUGACGAACAGAACAUCUUGGUGGUCUCGUAUUCGGAUCUCAAACACUGCUUUCAGACCACCUUUAGUGAAGUGUUUCAGGCGUCGCAAGCAUCUCCGGAAAAUAUCGGUCACUGAUAAAGCAUUCAACCGUCAUUCUGCUUGAUCUCAAACACUGCUUUAAACACUUUUAGUAAAGUUUUGAGGCAUUUCAAGCAUCUCCAGAAAAUAUUGGUCACUCAAACGCUGCUUUCUAAGGAGAUGUUAGCACCGUCGUCAGAAAAUAUGGGUCACUGAUAGCAAAUCCAACUGUAAUGAUGAAUCUCAAACACUGCUCUGUGAUGAAAUGUUAGCACCAUCGUCAGAUAUAUCGUCCAUUAUACUGUUCUGUUUCAUUGUAAACCCUACCAAUGGAUAACUCUAGACAUGUUAACUACAUCUCCAGAAAUCUUGGUCACCGAUAACUAUGCAUUCUGACUGCUGUUCUCCUUAUUGUCAGAUACUGCUAUUGGAUAACCAUGUGCAGAUAUUGAUAGAAUCUCCUGAAAAAUAUUGGCCACUGAUAACUCUGGCUGCUGCUCUCUUUAGACCUCUAAAAGAUGAGGAGUUCUGACAUCAGCUUUCCUUUCCUUCUCCGCAAAAUUCUUUAUUGUGCCAGUACAAACCAUGAUCAUUGGUAUUUGGCCUAUACCCAUCAGUAUCUCAAUUUCACUGACCUUACCUCUGAUUGCUUCUUCUUCAAACUUCGGACCUAAAACUUGUGAGCACAUUUUUUAAGGCAACCAUUAUUUUUCUACUGCUACUGGAUUUUGAGAGAAAUUGACUCUUUCUUGUCAUUUUGAACUGUGAAAUUGUUGAAGAGGAAAAAAUGCUGAGAAUCACUCAGAAGCACCAUUCUGGUCCAGUAUAUCUAAGAAACUGCUGAAAUUCACCUAAUAUAUCCCAAAAUAUGCUGUCUUGAUUUUUUUAAUCCCAAUCACUAUUUACUUUCUUUUUAUAUAUUUUAUUGAAACAACCAAUUCUUAUAUUCAAUCAUAGAUGGCAUUCUAAUUCAGCAAUUUAUUUCUUAUGUCACAUGACUGAAUUUUUAUUUUUAAAUUUUCAUUGUUUUUAUUCCGGCCACACUUUUUUUGCAUUGUAUUCAUUUUAAAAUGUACUAAGAACUGACAGAACUGUCCAUAUUUCAAUUAGUGAUAAAUUUUAUUGAUAAUUGGAAUCACUUACUAUAGAUUUUCUUAUAUUUUUGUUUUUUAAAUCAUGAUCAAUGUCAUUUCUUGAAUCUGUAUUUAAGGUAAUCUUCCUUUACAAUGGAUUAUGAACUGCCUAUUGAUUUACAAAAGUAAUGAAUAAAAUCUUUAAAUCUUUGUUGUACAAUGAACAAGGAGGAAUUCAAUAGGUUACUAGAGAGCAGUAUUUUUGCAACGUUUUUAAAUUUCAGAUGAAGUCCUAUUUUGUGGUAGUGAUUUUGAAUUCAGUGUUGGCAUUCUCUGUUGUUGAGAUAAUUUCAGAUGUCAUGGAGUAUUGAGCUUUCUAUAGUAUUGGAGGUAUCACUUUUGUACACCAACAUUCAGUGUUAGAGCAAAAUGAGGUAGGUGUUGGUGUUCGUUUGGUUAGACUGCCUGAACAUGUUCUCAACACCAACACUAAUUUCACUUUUAGUGCAAGGUGUUGGUGUUAGGUUACAACACCAAUACCAGAUUACAUAAAGCAAUGGUGUUUGGUUAGGCUGCCUGAAACCUGAUCUCAACACCAAUACUUCAUAAGGUGCCAGUGUUAGGUUAAGCAGUCUGAAACCAGCUCUCAACACCAAUAUUGACACCGAACACUGCAAGUCUCAUUGUUAAGUUAGGCCGCCUGAAACAUGCUGUCAACACCAAUACAAACACUGAACUUGAAUGAUCUUUUUUAGUUGAGUAUCGGUAAGAUGACCAGUGGUAAUCUAGUAAUGACAAACAGUGCCCCCCUCGGCAUCCUCCCCCUUACCUUAUUAAUAUAUUGCCAAGUAUUGAGAGCAGGACAAACAUGAAAUCAUACUAUUGUGUCAUACGACAAAUAGAGAAAAGUGGUAUUCAUGCCGCAUAAUCAUCAUUGUGACGUGGUCCCGCGCGAAUUUGUUUUUUUUAUAUAUAUUAUAAGUCAUGAACUUUCCACUUUUAAUGAUCAAAUUUUGUUGUAAAUAGAUGUCCCUGUUUUAUCAGUACAGUGCCUGACAAUGUCGUUGAAUGAAAUUCAUGAACUUUUUUAUAUGUCGAGGAAACCUACAUGUAACCUGCAUUGAUGAACAGAAGUUUGAAACAGUAUUGAUCAAUGAGCUAUACGAGCGAAUCGCUUUCUUGUAAGGUGUACAUAGAUGACUGUCGAAAGACAACUGUUGUACAUACCGAGAUGCUAUCUUGUACAGUCUCAGAGUGGAAUGGAAGGCGUAGGUGUACAUAGAACGGAUGAUUAAGUCAUUGUCGUAUCAUUUCAAAUUUGCAGGGAGUGUAAUACUGAUCAUUUUCUUGUCAAGGAUCACUUUAUUUUUGUCGAUGUAAUUUUUGUUGUUAAUGUUGAAGCAUUCCACUCAGCGAAGCAGACUCAAUGAGGGCUGAUUGUCGUGAGCUUUCUCUUCUUUUACCCGAUUGCCUACUGUACGAAACCUAUGAUGAUUAGGGAAUUCGGUAGUCACAAGUUGACCCAUUGCCUACUUAUACUGGAAUCUUAGAAUUCAACAGUCAACAGGUUAACCCAUUGUCUACUGGAACGUAUGGUCCCUUUACAAAGCCUAUGAGAUUUUUUUUAUUUUAUAGAAUCCAGUAGUCAACAUGUUAACCCAUUGCCUACUAGAACCGGGUAGUCCCCUGUACGAAGCCUAGGGUAAAAACAUAAUUCUGUAAUCAACUGGUUAACUCAGUGUCUCCUGGAACCAGAUGAUCCCUGUACAAAGUCUAUAGGAAUCUAGAAUUCGGUAGUCAACUAGUUAAUCCAUCCCCUACUGGAAUCAGUUGGUCCCUAUACAAAGCCUAUAUAGGCCAUUCCUCUGUGGGUUAGUGUCAAAUUUCAUCAGUGCCAUCCCCCAGUGUCAAUAGCGAUACCAACCAGUGAUCCAGUGAACGAAAAUAACUCCAUUCAUGAUGUAUAAUAUGAACUUUCUUAGUUUAUGUCGGGCUAUUGAGAGUAGUGUCUGCUUUUUAGCACUUCUAAUUCUAUGCUUAUUUACCAUUUAACAGGAUAUGUCACCCUGAAAUCAAGCUGAUUUGAAGGAAAAGUGUCAAAUGAAUCUCGCAAAAUAUGGAAAUUUCAUUGAAAUCAGAUGUAAAGUGCCAAAAGGCACAGCAUUUUGACGUGUGAAAAUCAAAACUGUCACCUUAAAGUGUAAGUAAGUAGCCAUGUUGUAUCCACCGACCACAGUCAUUAGCUUUUAAUAUUCUCCUAUGAAAGUGCAAAUGAAAUACUUCAUUUAAUUAUGUAGAAAAUUCUGAUUUGUGUGUGUUUGUAAGAGAUGAAAAUGGGAUAAGGCAUUUUGGAAGGUCCAAAAAUAAUUACAGAAAGAUUCUAAUCAUACACAUCUAAAAAAAAAAACAUUUGUAACUCAAAAUCUAAGCAAACAGGAGCAUGCAUUUAGGACCUGCAUUUAAUAUUUUGAUUUUUAUUAUAUGCAACUCUUUCUACAAUAGGUUUUGUUUUACAAAAAUGAUCUUUUGAUAUGUUUCAGACAACAAAAUUGCCUCAAAUCGCCAGCGAGCAGUACCAGAUAGCCGUACAAUCCAGGGCCCCAUCUUACAAAGAGUUCCGAUUAUCUGAUCAUCUUAAAACUAUAUGGAAAUCCAACAAUGUCAUACUUUUUUCUCCAGUAAAUUUGCAUGGUGUCCUUUGUAAACAAAGAGAAGCACACUGAAUUUUCAAGAAGAUAAUGAAUGCAUGAUUAUACAUCACAUCUAUAAAAUAUUUUGAACAAACAUGCCUUUUAGAUGUUGACGUUGCUGGCUUUCCAUAGUUGUGGUUGAUCGGAUCAAUGGCAACACUUUGAAAGACGGGGCCCUGAUAUCCCUGUAACUACGUCACCCGGGGGGGGGGGGGGCAGAAUUGGUCGUGUGACUACAUGUAUUUGUGACCAUGGCGAUUGUGUACAAAAUGCAAUUGACCUUGAUGGUUGCAAGCAACAAUGUUUGAAGAAAAUAGAAAACUGUGGCAAACAACUACCCAUUCCAAUGUACUUAGCCUCCAUAACACAAAGCUCGUAGAACUCGUGUUUAAGAUUGAUUGCACAAGAUAGGUUCAACUUUACAAUAUGUCAAUAAGCUUUGAGUAACUAGUCCCAUAGCAAUUCUCUAUGCUAAGCCCAAGCUAAAGAAAAACCAAAAAGUAUAUACCAGUUAUCAUUCACAAUUUUUUUUCAUGUGGAAUGAUAUGUUUUUGUGAUAUUUUUAAUAUCCAAAGUAAAAAAAUUAUGCACCUCUUUUAUGAAUGUUUUUUUUUUUUUUUUUUACUUUUAAUCGAUUGAACAAAUUUAUCUGAUCAUGAGUUUCUGAUUGACUUUCAUUAAUCUAUAUUCUUUAUAUUCAAUGAUUUUUGAAAUGAUAUAGGGUUCCUUUUUCAUUAACUUUCAUUGCCCCAGCUUCUCAUAUCUAGAGCCCGUUUUGUUAAGACCAUGAUUAUGAUAUCUUUGUUGUUAUGGUAACUACCAUUGGAGCUUGAUUUGAUUGGCUGCUAAGCCCUCUAUUGUAUUUACCAUAAUGGUAAAUUUACUAUAACAAUCUGGGGCCCUCUCCUAAUAGAGUUACAACUAUGACAACUUUUGCAUUAUGGCAAUUACCAUGGUAACAGGGCUCAGCAGCCAGGCACGGUAGUUAAUUAAUUAACAAUAAUUAUACUUGUAACCCUUUAUGAAAGGGGGCCCCAAUUCUUUAGGAUGCAGGCCUCCAGAUGGUCUUUAUAAAGCUGUUCGUAAGUUACAAGCGACUUUAUGAAUGACUGGUUACCUUCUCUUAGGAACUAAAUCAAUGCUAAUGGAAAUCUGGUGUGUAUCACUUACUACAAGAAAGGAUCACCAGUCGUUCUUAAAGUCGCUCGUAACUGACAAACAGCUUUAUGAAACACCCACCUUGGGGCUGUUCGUAAGUUAAGAUAGACUUCAAAAAUGACUGGUAAACCUUUCUUACGUGCUUAACCAUCACCAAUGAAUAUACCAUUUAUCACCCCCCCCAAAAAAAAAAUAGGAUCACCAGUCGUUCUUAAAUUCUCUCGUAACUCAAAAACAACUUGAUGAAACACCCACCUGGUGGGUGUUUCAUAAAGUUGUUCAUAAGAUACGAAAGACUUUAUGCGCAACUGGUAACCCUUUCUCAUGCCAAGUGAUAUAUCCUUAUGUAAUUGAGUUAAGACCCAAGAUCAUGUUCCAGUCGUGCGUAACUUUACGAACAGCUUUGUGAAACACCCACCUGGAUCCUGUUUUUAAAAUAAAAAAUGCACAGUUUCUCUAACAAAUUUACCAUCAGCCAAUCACCAUUUCAGUAGCUUUUAACUGUUAUUACAAAUAAGUUAUUAUAGCAAGUUUAAUGAAAUGGACCCCAGGUCCGAAAAUAUGUACUGGUAUGCUCUGACUUACUUAGGGUGUCUGGAGAUAAUAAGCCCAACAUGGCUGAUUUUUUUUUGCUGUGUCCGUACAUGUAGGCGCUGCAAUAGACGGUCCCCAUUGACUUAGUCUUCUUUUCACACCUUUAUUACGAUUUGACAGUCCCAGGGUCUGUCUGCAGAUGAAUACAACCCUAGCAUUAGUGUUGAUAUAUGACCUUAGUCACACCAGCAAAACCGACUCCAAACUGACCAAUCUAUUGCAUGACAGCCAAUGACAAACCAUCAGUCAAUUUGGAUUCAGUAUCAUUGGUGUGACUGAAGCACAUGGUUUGUUGGGGAAAUCAAUUGGAAUGGUACAUACUUCUCCCGAAUUUAAUAAGAUUGCCUUUUUAAUGAAGAACCUGGAAAUCUUAAAAUGUUUUUUUCAUGUACAUUCGCAUUCAUUCUUAUCAGGGAGAGAGCUGAUCAUGUGGCUUUCAUUUUUACAUUAUCAAAUAUAUGUAUUUUUGUGAAGAAAAAAAAAUAGGAAGAAAAUCAAUCCCCCUUUUCUGUCAAAAGUAGGCCCUAAUUGUGUGUUUUGUGAAACCAAAUCAAUCUGUUGGUGUAUGUGUUAUGUCUUGAUCAUCGAAACGGAGGUCUAACACAAAGCAUAUCAAUGAUUGUAGAAAAAUAAUUAUGAUUGAUUGUAUUGACUACAGUGUACAAUCAGUUGUAAAAAGUCUUAAGUAUGAUUAAUCAUUAAGUUUUGUGUUACUUGACAAGGCAGAUUCACUUUCAUUCAUUUUCUGUUGAUAUACUGCGAAUGUCUUGCAACUGCAUUACACCCCAUAUUCCCAGUACAGUACAGAGAUGGAGCUCGUACGCACGACCUUGAGUCAUAAGAAAAGUAUAUGUACUCUCCAUGACACAAUUAACAGUAUAUAGGGCCAUACUAACAUGGAAAGUACUCCACAUGUGCACACGCAAUAGAAAAACGUAAAACUUGGAGUAAUGGAAACCUUGAUUGUGAUUGGCUGCUAAGCCCUGUUACCAUGGUAGUUGCCAUGACAACAAAGUAUGAAAUAAUGAAAAAAAUAAUUACAAGUUCUUCAUGAAAUGUCAGCAGAUAUCCGAUGCGUAGCAUUAUUGAUAUUGAUGGCCUUCUUAACUUUCCUUUCCAGAGAUAAUGAUUUUUAGGUUUUUACUGACAUCUUUUUAUGUGUUUCUGGAAAAGUGUAUAAUUCAGCCAUCAUUGAUCUUUUCUCUACCGAUACCGCUAUGUCAAGUGGGUACAGUGGCCCUUAUUUGUGCCUAUGGUGUAUGCAUUUCUGUAAAAAAUAAUGUCAAAAUGGUACAAUUUUUUUCUUCCUGAUUGUUCUUUUUAUAUUGGGCCUUGCAAUUAUCAAAAGCAAUGAGAGUGUAUCUGCCUGUGUCCUCGAUGGUCGGUAUUCUGAAUUGCUUUAAUAUAAACUCUGGUCUAAAGUUGGUCUACUAUGGAAAACCAACCGUGACACAAAUAUUUUACAGUACAAGUUGAAUUUAUCAGCUCUUUUUAAAAGUUGAAAAUUGAAAACUGUCUGGAUAUGGCAACCAAAAGUUUUCUUCACCAUUUAAAGCAUGAGGAUGGAGCAUAAGUAAAAAUAGGAAAGAAAUCAUAAAACCAAGUGUUGAAAUGUUUGGCUCCCCAUAACUUUAACGCAGAGUUAGGCCAUGGCCUUGGCCGUCAAACUGGACAUCAUUCAGAAUACAAGCCUACGUAUGAGUUUUGCUGAAAUAUUGUCUUAUUUUACGUUUUACUUUCAUGUUUGUUACAUUCAAUGCAUUGUAUACUCCAUAUCAACGAAAGGUCGAUCAAAUUUCACUAAUGUGGCUGUUUCGUAUAACUGUGCAAGUUUCAUGUCUCAUGUCGUGGAGGAAGGGAACGUUGUAUGCUUCUGUGCAUGUAUCUCAAAGGACACAAGACCAGUUUGCAUAUAUAUUAAGUGGAGCCUUGUACACAGCAUUAACAAGGCUUUUCAAAAACUGUCAUACUACAAAGAAUUUAUUAGUUAUCAUCAUUAUCAAAGUCAGAUAUGAAGUGCAGUUUCUGCUACUAAUGAACUCAGACUUCCUGUAAAUGAAGAUACACUAAGGAGCAUUCAGGCUGGAGUAAUAUCUUGCCUGAGCAGUUGCUACCAAGUUCCAGAUACUCUGUGUUACUAUAGAACAAGUGAACACUGCAUUUGGGAAGCACGUUUUCUUUUAACGUUUUAUCAAUCAGAUGUGAACAUUUGCAUAUAUGCAAUGGAUCUGCUAAUCACACAUGGCUGCUUGUUUUCACUUCUUCCCGAAAAGGAUGCAUUAUUUAAUGGACUGUAAAUGGGACAUUUUCCUGUGAUUUAAUAUGAUCUAGGCAAUUAUUUUAUGACUAUUUUUAUCAGAUUAUUAUUAUUUUUUGUCGCUCGAUGUGGAAAGGAAAUUUUGAAAUGGAAUAUUUAAACAUGAUAAGCAAAAUGUCAAUUUUUAUAUGUGAAGUACUUUUUGUACAGUACAUGUAUAUGUAAAACCUGAAUGGCUAGCUUCCACACUGUACAGACUUCUUGGUAUUUUUAAAAUAAAGUUGAGAAAGCACACUAAAA